ACUGUACUCUGUUUAUCAUAUGUAAUUCAAGGUAGAGAUCAGUUGAACAAGAUUUAGAGAAAAAGUUAACUUUAUAACUGAUCUACUCUACAGAUAAAUUGAAUGAUGCUGAGGCUUUCGUUUCGGAGAAUCAAAUUAUUCCAUAAUGAAUUUCCUCUUGAGAAGCAGCUCAAUUUGACAAAGCGAUGUCUUAGUGAUCAUGUCAGCGGUAAUAAUUCAGGACAAGAAAUUCAGGUUCCUCACAAAGGAAGUUAUCGUCUCGAAGACUGCGACAAAAGAAGAGAAUGGGUUGAACAAGUUACUUCCGCGUCUCUAUCAAACGUUGGACAGUGGUGGAAUCCUAAACUAUCCCAGGGGUAUACAACUGAAAAUCUCAAAGGGAACAUAGAAAAUCCGAUAGGACUCGCUAAGAUUCCCCAAGGUAUAGCUGGGCCCUUGCUCAUCAAAGGAGAUCAUGUGCACAAUGAAAUGAUUCUAUGUCCUAUCGCCACAACCGAAGGGGCGAUCGUUGCCUCUACGUCAAGGGGUGCCAAGGCCAUCACAAGGUGCGGUGGGGUCUCCACACGCGUCAUAAAGCGCAGGAUCCAAAGAGUACCAUAUUUUGUGACAGAUUCCAUGCAACAAGCCCAGAAAUUAUCACAUUGGCUUCUGUCUCAUUUUGAUGAACUGAAAGCCAAAGCAGGGGAGGUCAGCCAACACUGCAAGCUUCAGUCUCUGCAGCCCUGAUUUAUUGGUCGCAACGUCAUGAUGGAAUUUGUCUACGAUUCUGCUGAUGCCGCUGGCCAAAACGCUGUCACCGUUACCACUUGGUACGCUUGUAACUGGGCCAAAGAGAGGAUCGCUCAAGAGUGCCCUGAUAUCAAUAUCAGGGAAUAUUACAUUGAAACUAAGUUCAGUGGCGAUAAAAAUAACAUUCCCAAAAACUAUGUCACUGGGCGGGGAAUUGAAGUUCAGGCCGAAACUUAUAUUACCGAGUCAACCCUUAAAAGUGUUUUGAAAAUUGACUCCAAGAAGUUGGUUAAAGCCUUUAAUGCUCUUGCAUUGAGUGCGCAGAGGUCUGGGUCCUGUGGUAUCAAUCAAGUUGUAAGCAACACUUUGGCGGCCAUAUUUACUGCAACUGGGCAGGAUAUUGCCUGUGUUCAUGAGAGUUCUUGGUCUGUGUUUGAGAUAUCAGCGGAAGAAGAAAUAAAGAUUCAGUCAACUGAGCACCGGAAUGCUGGAAUGAAAAGUGAAGCUGGUAUCUAUGCGUGUCUCGUUCUCCCCACCCUGUUAAUUGGAACAGUUGGAGGUGGAACAUACACACCGACCGCCAAAGAAUCGCUGAAUAUGCUAGGAUGCUUAGGAAAGGGUCGCAUUUAUCGCUUUGCAGAAAUAAUCGCGUCAUUUGCACUAGCGAUGGAAAUAUCUGCGUUGUCAGCAAUAGCCAGUGAUCAGUUUGCAAGUGCGCAUGAUCGACUUGGAAGGAACAGACCAGAAUAAACGUGUCAACACAACCUUCUGCCUUGCUAUCUCCUUUUUGAUUACUGCAUCAACCAAAACAGUGAUUCUUGUGACGGAUAGCAAAUUAUUUUCAACAAGCGAAAGUGAUGUACUGAAGAACAAUGAUUUAAAAACUAUCACAAAAGGAAACUUGAUACAAUUGAUAAUUUUAGCUACUAUUCAUAUGAAAACAUCAAAGGAUACAAGAAAUAAUUGAAGUGGUAAACUCGCACAUAAAGCCUUAAAUAAACAAGUGGGUCACAGUGAUAAAGUUCUUGAACUUCUUGCACGCGAAGCAAUAUUUUUGCGUCUAAAUUUAUGUAAUGUUUAAAAAACGAGCAGGAGUGUUUUAUCGGGUUUUUGACCCGAUAAAACACGUGCUGCGAGUUUUUUGAACGGCUUCAAAAACAUUCUUGGAAAAGCGUGUGUCAAGAGAGUUCAUAACAAUUAUGCUUUUGUGAACGUUAUAAAUUAGCAUACGAAAAGGUCAAACGCAGAGGUUAGCGAAAACGAGUUGGAGUCACUUCUGCCAACUAAUCUUGAAUUCGAAGUUUCAGAUGAUGUAUUGUCUAAUAUGCCUUUACCAGAUUACUGUACUAAUGGAAUAGAGAAUUUUUCCAGAUGUGUAUUUCACAACUGUACUAUUAAUUUGGUACAAAAGUAAAUUUACUGUGUGAAAUUUGUUGAAAGAACAUUAAAUAUGUUCCCACCAUUUGUUGUGUCAGUUUCUGUGUUGAUAAUUAAUUAAUAUUCAUAAGUCACGUGCAGUGUCUUUAUAUCUGAUAAAACACCGCAUACUAAUAAGGAUGAGGUUUAUCGAUAUAAAGUCACUGCACGUGAUGUAUUAUCUACCAUUUGAUAGGU